AUGGUGCUGUGGGGCCCGGUGCUUGGAGCCUUGCUCACUGUCAUUGUGGGAUGCCUGUGUCUGUCCACACUGCUCAGGCACCGAAGGCCCCAGGAGCCUCCUCUGGACAAGGGUUUUGUGCCCUGGCUGGGCCAUGCCAUGGCUUUCCGGAAGAACAUGUUUGAAUUCUUGAAGGGGAUGUGGACCAAGCAUGGGGAUGUGUUCACAGUACAGCUAGGGGGUCAGUACUUCACCUUUGUCAUGGACCCCCUCUCCUUUGGUCCCAUCCUUAAGGACACACAGAAAACACUAGAUUUCAUAAAGUAUGCGCAGGAGCUGGUGCUAAAGGUGUUUGGAUACCAGUCCAUGGAUGGGGACCACCACAUGGUACACUCAGCCAGUACUAAGCAUCUGAUGGGACAAGGCUUGGAGGACCUCAACAAGACCAUGCUGGACAGUCUGUCUUUGGUGAUGCUAGGACCCGAAGGCCCGAGUCUGGGUGCCAGUUCCUGGCAUGAAGAUGGCCUCUUUCGCUUCUGCUACAGUAUCUUGUUCAAGGCUGGCUUCCUUGGCUUGUUUGGCUACACCAAGGACAGGACACAGGAUCUGCAAGAGGCCGAGGAGCUAUUCACCAAGUUCCGCAGGUUUGACCUUCUUUUCCCCAGGUUUGUCUACUCCCUGCUGGGGCCCCGGGAGUGGGUAGAAGUGAGCCAACUCCAGCGUCUCUUCCACCAGAAACUCUCUGUGGAGCAAAACCUGGAGAAAGAUGGCUUAAGUAACUGGUUAGGUUGCAUGCUGCAGUCUCUGAGGGAACAGGGAAUAGAUUCAUCCAUGCAGGACAAAUUUAACUUCAUGAUGCUCUGGGCUUCCCAGGGGAACACAGGGCCGACCUGUUUCUGGGUCCUCUUAUUCUUGCUGAAGCAUCAGGAUGCCAUGAAGGCUGUGAAAGAGGAAGCCACCCGGGUCCUGGGCGAAGUCAGAUUGGAAGACAAAAAGUCUUUUGUCUUCAGGCUCAGUGCCCUGAAAUGCACCCCGGUGUUGGACAGUGUGAUGGAGGAGACUCUGCGACUGAGAGCUACGCCCACCCUCCUCAGGGUAGUGCAGAAGGAUUUCAUCCUAACGAUGGCCAGUGGACAGGAGUACCAGAUCCGUCGUGGAGACAAGGUGGCUCUCUUCCCCUACCUCUCAGUGCACAUGGACCCCGACAUCCACCCCGAACCCAAGACCUUCAAGUACAACAGGUUCCUCAACCCUGAUGGCACCCGGAAGAUGGACUUCUACAAGUCAGGCAAGAAGAUCCACCAUUACAACAUGCCUUGGGGCUCUGGUGUCUCCAUCUGCCCCGGCAGGUUCUUUGCUCUCAGUGAGAUGAAGAUCUUUGUCCUGCUCAUAGUUAUGUACUAUGACUUGGAGCUGGUGGACCCUGACAUGCCUGUGCCCCCUAUUGACCCAAGGCGCUGGGGCUUUGGCACCUCACAGCCCAGCCACGAGGUGUGCUUCCGAUACCGCCUGAAGCCCAUGCAGUGA